ACUCCCCACUCUCCCCACUUCCCCCACUACCCGACCUCUCCGCCGCCCCGCCCGCCACCGCCGACGCGGAAUCCCGCCAUGGCCGCCGCCCACCCCCUCGCGAUCCUCCUCCUCCUCCCGCUGCUAGCCGCGGCCAAUCUCGUCCUCGAGGACGGCUAUACGGUCACCACCUUCUCCGACCUCAACCCGCUCCCGGCCUCGGGGCCCCACCCCUACGCGGUCCUCCCGCGGCCCCGCGCGGGGGACCUCCUCCUCCUCGACUCCGCCGGCUCCGCGCUCUACACGCUCGCCCUCUCCUCGCCCGGCGAUCCGCGGGGGCUCGCGGGGGGAAAGCGGGACGCCGGGUUCAACGACGGCGGGCCCGGGGACGCCGCCUUCGACCGCCCGCGCAGCGUCGCCGUCGACGGUGCCGACAACGUCUACGUCGCGCACCGCGUCCGCGUCGCCGGCCAACUCCAUGGCGUCGUCCGCAAGGUGUCGCCCAAUGGUUAUACUACUACAAUUGCUGGAGGCCUCUCAUCAGGGCCUGGUCACAGGGAUGGACCAGCGCAGAAUGCUACCUUCUCUCCAGAUUUCGAGCUUGCUUAUGUCCCCAAGAUUUGUGCAUUGUUAGUUGCCGACAGAGGAAACCGGAUGAUUAGACAAAUCAAUCUAAAGCCAGAAGAUUGUGCACGUGAGAAGCAAUCAGGCUUGGGAACUACAUCGGUUUCGGUCAUUGCAAUAUUGUGUGCAUUGGUUGGUUCAAUCAUUGGGUUCUUAGCUCGUCACUUUUACCCCGUCAAUGCAGGAAAUCUCCAUCAACCACUUUUUCAGCAGGAUACAGAAGCAAUACCAGAGAACCCAGAGGAAGGCGACUCUGAUCAGCUUCUGCGACAUAAAAAGCGCAGUUGCUAGCUCCAUGGCUUACACGCUCCUGCUUAAAGUGGUCAGAGUUAGUUGUGGUUAUCUUGCCGUGGUGUUCCCUAGUGUUAGGUUACAGCGAGAUGUUCCCCGUAAGCCAUCUCGUCGUCCUGGGUUACGCAAGACUAGUACUUCCCCUAACAUUGGUCUUCACAACAAAUCUCCUCUUGCACCUACUGAGCAACUGGAGGAUCUGAUAAGCUUCGCUGGAGAUGCCAAUGAUAAGGAUGAUAGUAGUAAUGCCAAUUGUCAGGAGGGUGAGGAGCCAUCCUUUGAACGCGACUUGAUGGGGCUUGUCUACACCCCUCAGGGCAGUGUUAAAAAGAUAGAUCACAUGAUCGAGGCCAACCUGGCGGGCUUUUCAGGUCAUGAGGAACAUAGUUGCUUAACUGUUAGUAGGUGUAGUAUAAGCAAGAGGAGGGUGCAUGGAGAUAAAUAAGGUUCUCUGAGCUUGAGAUUGCCCGUCUUUGAGCAUCCAGGAGGAAGAAUGUCACCUGUGCCACUGUGUUGUGCCUGCUGCUGCUGUGACUAAAUAAAUUUAUACUGCUUCAGCACCAGUGUUUGCCUUGUAAAUAAGUAAAACAACUGUAUCAAGUUUGUGGUCGUGGCAUGUAAUAUACCCUCUACCCUGGGCAUUGUAAUUCCGUGUGAUGAUGGCUUGAAUUGCUAUUCUGGUGUGACAGCUUCCUAGCAUCCA